ACAAAGAAGAAGAGCGUGUGACUUCCUGUGAGUGGCGGAAGUUUUUAAUCGAGGAAUAUAAUCCCGAUUUUCAUGUGCUCGUUUUCUGUUCAUCAGCUGAAUUAUCUUCAUUUGCCAUGUUCUACAGUUUAAACUGACUCCGGGACUUAAAAAGUAGGUGUAAUAUAUAAAAACUGAAAUCAGAUGAAGGAAUAAUAGGACGUUGUAUUUAACUACAGAAUGCCACAUGACAAAACCCGUAACAGCCUUCUGUCUAACUCCUGUCAUUUUUCCCUGGACCGGAGGAGAGCUCUGACCCUCUCACCUGAGAUCAAACGUGACAGCUGCCAGGCUGAAAGUCCUCUUAAGAUCCCCAGGAGAGUAUCCACAGCUGAGGAUGAGCGUGUGGAUACAAAGAUGUCAAAAGAUCGGAAUAAGAGCCACUCCAAGAUCCACUGGACACAGCUGGCCUCAAAUGGUACAUCAAGCGAUCAAGAACAUACCAUAUGGCAGGAAAUCCAAAGGCGCCAGGUCAAGGUGGUUUUAGAAGAUGUCCUUCAGACAGAGAUCGGGCAGAGAUUGCUGAGAUGUGGCCAAAAGACAAACCAAUCAGAGAGCAAAAGGCAGAGUGAUCACACCUCAACAGCUGCACUCCAAGACAAGAGGAGAACCAGUCUAACAAAAAGAGGAGAAACGGACUCUACUGGACCAAAAGCCACUUCACCAUCCCAUAAUCAGACUGAGUCAUCCACUGAAAAUGAAUCAUGUCCACACAAAGAAAUCAAAAAUCCGAAAUCCAAACAACUGAACUCAUCACUGAAACUAUUAGAGUCAUCUGAAGUAUCAGGUAACUCAUGUUCACCCAGAGAAAGUGACUCACCACAGGCUGUUCAGAUUAAUGAACAGCUGCCUAAACAGACCAAACCAUCUACUUCUGAAGAGAAUAAAGUAUUACUUCUUGAAGGAUCUCUGCAGCAUGAGGAAACACCUUCCUCUGGAUGUGAAUCUUUACGCAGCCCCUCUUCAUCGUUAGCAAGGCGGUGUAGUCUGAGAGAUGAAACAUCAGGUAGCGAGCAUCUACCCAAUAAGAAAGAAAGGAGAGAAACACAAGAAUGCCCAAAAUAUGCUUCAGAAGAUACGGAAAAUCACUUGCUCAGGAAUGGAGAGGUGGUGCAGGAAGUGGAUGGAACGAGAGGAAGUGUGUUACGCCUCUCAGUCGGGGUUGAUGGGGAAAUCCAGGUUAAAAGAUUUCGUAUGGACAGCCUUUCUGGUGAACAUGUUCCCACCUCAGACCCCGCCUCUGGGACAACAGAGGGGCGGAGCUACAACACAGAGUCCUCUAAGCUCUCCCCAUCUGAACCUAUUGUUCUGUCCAGUGAAGAGGAAGAGGAACAGGAAGGAGAGGAAAGUAAAGAGGUGGAAGCCUCUUCCCUAAACAUCCAGCCACUGGAGGGUGCAAAAGAUAUGAAUAUAGAAGAUAAAUCGAGUUCAGCUGUGAUAGAGCUACAGCUGUCUUCCCUUCACAUGGGUGGAGUUAGUGCCAAUUGUGAGAGUAUGGAGGUCACUACAGACAAGAUCACCUUUUCAUUAAGAGGUUCUUCAGUGAACAUUUCUAUAUCGACGCCUAAUGUAUGUAAAUACAGUGUAUGGGAUGAGCCUAUAUUGAGUGCGUGUGGCCUGGCUAAGGACAGCGAGGUCCCACCCCCUUCUCUGGUCCUCUUUUGGCUGUCUGAUGACCAGGCACACAGAUUACGCAAUGACCUGUCCGUCAUCCUGCCAGACACAUGUCCAGCUGAAGGCAGUACGUGUGUGUUGCUGUGUUUGGCUGAACCUGUAACUGGUGUUGAGAGUGCGCUCUUGGCCUCUUUAAUGGACAUGGUUCAGAAUCAGAGCAGCUCUGAACUCCUCUCCCCCCUCACACAGUCAGACAGCCUGAAAGUGCUUCAGAGCUCCCAGGAAACACACCUUCUCCAACUUUUGACGCCUGAAACUGAUCCUCAAACCAGCACUGCUGCACAUGCAGCUGUAUCUGCUGUGAAGUCUCAGGAUUCGGAUGUUCAUUUGAAGCCAGUUUACACGCUUUGCCACAGUAGAGCUCAGGGUUCAUACAGUGUUACCUUGGCACCUACACUUGGGGCAGAAUGGACACCAUACCAACACUGUGGUCCGGCACGCAGAUUGAUUCAGUUCCCUCCUCCACCCACGAAAGGAGCCAUCACCGUGACGACAGAGGACCUGGAGUGUUUAGACAGUGGCGAGUUUCUUAAUGAUGUCAUAAUCGACUUCUACCUCAAGUAUCUUCUGGUGCAAAAGGCCCCGCAAGCAUCUGUAGACAGAUCUCAUGUUUUCAGCAGUUUUUUCUAUAAACAGCUCACACGCAGAGACAACGCUAAUGAGGACAGUACAAGCACACCAGCUCAGGUCAGAAGGCAUCAGCGUGUGAGGACAUGGACGCGUCAUGUAGACAUCUUUGACAAAGACUUCCUGUUUGUGCCUGUCAAUCAAGAAGCUCACUGGUACCUCGUGGUGAUCUGUUUUCCUGGGUUAGAAGAGCCACAGUAUGUGAAGAGGGACAGCAGAGACUCUGUGCAGGGUGAUGGAGCUGAAGGUUUGGGUGAGUCUGAGGGUGAGAUCCAUGGAGAGAAUAGAUCCAACAGUGAUGAGGAAAAAGAUGAGAGUUGUAUAAAGUCAAGCACGACUCUUCAUCUUCCCAAGUGUACGGAAAAUACCUGCAAGAGACCUAUUGUGUGUAAAAGACCAUGCAUUCUCAUCAUGGAUUCCCUGAAGUUGUCGGUUCACGAACGUAUCUUCAAACUCUUGCGCGAAUACCUUCAGGUGGAGUGGCAGACAAAAAGAGGUGGUCAUCGUGACUUUAGUGGUGACCACAUGGUAGGUUCCCACUGUACAGUCCCCCUACAGGACAACAGCAGUGACUGUGGCCUUUAUCUGCUACAAUAUGCAGAAAGUUUUUUGCAGGACCCUGUGGUAGACUUUGAAUUGCCAUUGAGAUUGGAGCGCUGGUUUCCACGGCAACAGGUGCGAGGUAAACGGGAGGAGAUUCGAGACAUCAUCCUACACCUGUACAGAUUUCAGCAAGGCUCUCUGGGACAUGAAUCUUUAGAAGAUAGGACAGAUCAUGGAAAUGUCAUUCAGUGAUGUUAAGCUUUUAGGUUCACGUGAUUAUUUUACGCUAGAUAUAUUUAUAUUUUAGCUGAUUUUGAUCCUUUUAUAUUAAUUUUAUGCUUUUGUAUACACUGUUGGAAAAACUUUAGAAAGAAAUAAAUGUUGAUAA